AUGCCAAUGGCUUAUUCCAUCUCUCAUUUCAACAAACUUCCACUCCAUUCCUCUUCUCUUUUCUCUCCCAUUCCUCGCUUAUCCCCCAAACCUAACCUCCUCCCUUUCCAAAUCCCCCAAAUCUCUUCCUCCAAAAAACAUAUCUCCCUCACUCCCUCCGCCGCCGCCGCCGCCGCCGCAUCCGCAUCCGCCGUCGUCUCCACCACUCCACCACCCACACCAACUGACCAACCCCAAACCCUACCCAAAUUGGGAAAACGAACCGACAUAAAGAAGAUUCUAAUCCUCGGCGCAGGCCCAAUCGUAAUCGGCCAAGCCUGCGAGUUCGACUACUCCGGCACCCAAGCAUGCAAAGCCUUACGCGAAGAAGGCUACCAAGUCAUCCUCAUCAACUCAAAUCCCGCCACCAUCAUGACCGAUCCGGACAUGGCUGACAGAACCUACGUCACUCCCAUGACACCCGAAUUAGUCGAACAGGUCCUCGAAGCCGAACGCCCCGACGCACUUUUACCUACCAUGGGCGGCCAGACAGCGCUCAACCUUGCGGUCGCGUUGGCCGAGAGCGGCGCGUUGGAGAAAUACGGUAUAGAACUCAUUGGUGCUAAGCUUGAAGCUAUUAAAAAGGCGGAGGAUAGAGAGCUGUUUAAGCAGGCUAUGAAGAAUAUCGGGAUUAAAACUCCGCCUUCGGGAACGUGUAGUACGAUUGACGAAUGUAUGCAGAUUGCUAAUGAGAUUGAGUUUCCUUUGAUUGUGAGACCGGCUUUUACGUUGGGUGGUACGGGUGGGGGGAUUGCGUAUAAUAGAGAGGAUUUGUUGGAGAUUUGUAAGGCGGGACUUGCUGCGAGUUUGACGAAUCAGGUUUUGAUUGAGAAAUCGUUGUUAGGUUGGAAGGAAUAUGAACUUGAGGUUAUGAGAGAUUUGGCUGAUAAUGUUGUUAUUAUUUGUUCGAUUGAGAAUAUUGAUCCUAUGGGUGUUCAUACUGGUGAUUCGAUUACGGUUGCUCCUGCUCAGACUUUGACUGAUAAGGAGUAUCAGCGAUUGAGAGAUUAUUCGAUUGCUAUUAUAAGAGAGAUUGGUGUUGAAUGUGGUGGUUCCAAUGUUCAGUUUGCUGUUAACCCGGAGGAUGGCGAGGUUAUGGUGAUUGAGAUGAAUCCUAGAGUUUCUAGGUCUUCUGCACUUGCUUCUAAGGCUACUGGCUUUCCUAUAGCGAAAAUGGCGGCUAAGUUGUCUGUGGGUUAUUCUUUGGAUCAAAUUCCAAAUGAUAUAACACAAAAAACACCUGCUAGUUUCGAGCCUUCUAUUGAUUAUGUGGUUACGAAGAUUCCUCGGUUUGCUUUUGAAAAGUUUCCUGGCUCUCAGCCAAUACUGACGACACAGAUGAAAUCAGUUGGAGAGUCAAUGGCAAUGGGGAGAACAUUCCAGGAGUCCUUUCAAAAGGCUGUGCGCUCUCUAGAGCACGGCCAUGCUGGAUGGGGUUGUGGGCCUGCCAAGGAGUUGGACUAUGAUUUGGAACAGUUGAAGUAUAACCUUCGGGUUCCUAAUCCGGAGCGUAUCCAUGCCGUAUAUGCUGCAAUGAAGAAAGGGAUGGAAAUUGACGAAAUUUUUGAACUGAGUUUUAUUGAUAAAUGGUUUCUCAGGCAGUUCAAGGAUCUAGUUGACGUGGAGAAUUUCCUUGCGUCGCGGAACCUGUCUGAUUUGACACAUGCCGAUUUCUAUGAAGUGAAGAGAAGAGGAUUUAGUGAUAAACAGAUAGCUUUUGCGACCAAGUCCAACGAGAAAGAAGUCCGAAGUAGGCGGCUAUCUCUGGGUGUUGCUCCGGCAUACAAGCGAGUUGAUACAUGUGCUGCAGAAUUUGAAGCUAAUACACCUUAUAUGUACUCUUCUUAUGAUUUCGAGUGUGAAUCAGCUCCCACUAGUAGAAAGAAGGUUUUAAUUUUAGGUGGAGGACCAAAUAGAAUCGGUCAAGGGAUUGAGUUUGACUACUGUUGUUGUCAUGCAUCUUUUUCUCUCCAGGCAGCAGGAUAUGAGACAAUCAUGGUGAAUUCAAAUCCUGAGACUGUAUCCACAGAUUAUGACACUAGUGACCGUCUCUACUUUGAACCCUUGACUGUUGAAGAUGUUUUGAACAUUAUUGAUUUGGAAAGGCCUGAUGGUAUCAUUGUACAAUUUGGAGGUCAAACACCAUUGAAACUAUCUCUUCCCCUACAACAAUAUCUAGACGAACACAAGCCAGAGUGCGCCAGUGGAGAAGGUCAUGUACGCAUUUGGGGAACAUCUCCUGAUUCCAUUGAUGUUGCUGAGGACAGGGAGAGGUUCAAUGUGAUGCUUCAUGAACUACAGAUUGAACACCCAAAAGGAGGAAUUGCUAGGAGUGAAGCUGAUGCGCUUGCCAUUGCAGCAGACAUUGGAUACCCGGUUGUUGUUCGCCCUUCUUAUGUUUUGGGUGGUCGAGCAAUGGAGAUUGUUUAUAGCGAUGAAAGACUCAUUACUUACCUUGAAAAUGCUGUUGAGGUGGAUCCAGAACGCCCUGUCCUUAUUGACAAGUAUUUAUCUGAUGCCAUCGAGAUUGAUGUUGAUGCCCUGGCUGACUCACAUGGCAAUGUAGUAAUCGGUGGGAUAAUGGAGCACAUUGAACAGGCUGGGAUACAUUCGGGCGACUCUGCCUGUUCUAUUCCCACAAGAACUAUUUCAUCUUCUUCAUUGGAGAUUAUCAGGUCAUGGACUGAAAAUUUGGCCAAAAAGCUGAACGUAUGCGGGCUCAUGAAUUGUCAGUAUGCAAUAACUUCAACGGGGAAUGUAUUUUUGCUUGAGGCCAACCCUCGAGCUUCUCGUACGGUGCCAUUUGUAUCAAAAGCAAUUGGCCAUCCAUUGGCUAAAUACGCUUCCCUUGUCAUGUCCGGAAAGUCUCUACAUGAUAUAAAGUUUACAAAAGAGGUUAUUCCUAAACAUGUGUCAGUCAAGGAAGCAGUUCUUCCCUUUUCAAAGUUCCCAGGCUGUGAUAUAUUUCUAAGUCCUGAGAUGCGAAGUACCGGCGAGGUCAUGGGUAUUGACCCUCUGUAUAAUAUUGCAUUUGCUAAAGCUCAAAUUGCCGCUGGCCAGAAGUUACCACUAUCUGGUAGUGUGUUUCUUAGCUUGAAUGACAUAACGAAGCCUCACCUUGAGAAAAUUGCAAAUGCUUUCAUUAAUAAUGGAUUUCAGAUUGUUGCUACUGCUGGAACAGCUCUUGCUCUUAAAUUAUGUAAUAUCCCAGCUGUGCUAGUGCUGAAGCUACAUGAAGGAAGGCCUCAUGCUGGUGACAUGAUAGCUAAUGGAGAUAUUCAGCUGAUGGUUGUAACCAGUUCAGAUGAUGCACUUGAUCGGAUAGAUGGUCUAGCUCUGAGGAGGAUGGCUUUGGAUUACAAGGUUCCUAUUGUGACAACCGUUAAUGGUGCUCUGGCAACUGCCGAGGCAAUAAAAAGCUUGAAGUCCAAUUCUAUCAAAAUGAUCGCUCUUCAGGAUUUCAUGGUUGAUGAACUUAAGGAGUGA